AGGAAGAAGCGGUCAGUUCCCAGUUCCCAAGUCAAAGGAAGCAAAUUCAAUUACUGAAAUCAAACGCAAAUCUGCAUUCUGCAAUGGAAGCUGACGCUCCCAUGAGGCAAGUCCUCACAUGUCUUUUUGCUCUUCCCUGUUUUGCUGCUGAAAACGAAAUCAAAAUUGACAAAACCCACCAAAUUCUUCAAUGCAUUCUUCCCUUUACAAUAAUGAAGGCAUUGCAGAUGGGUUUGUGGUCAAUUUGGCUUUCUGGGUUUCUCUUGAUUGGUCUGUCCCUAUAUGCUACACAGAGAUUACCUCAGACCAUGAAACCAAAUUUCAAUGGCAGAAGUUAUGGUGAUCUGGGUAGUCCGAAGAUUACGAUUUUUUCUGCGCCAAGUCCUUUUGCUGGUUCUGUAGGUACCAGGCAGAGUCUUGCUAUUCGUUCAUGGCUUGUUCUGUCUCCUGAAAUAACCGUCGUUCUCUUUAGCCAAGACCCUUCUGUUUCCUCUUUUGCUGCCUUCUUUGGUUCCAGGGUUUUGGUGGAUCCUUACGUUGACUCCACGUUUCUGGGCACUCCAUUUUUCCAUUCCAUGGUUACAAGAUCACAAGCAUUUACAUCUGACAUUUUCAUUUUUGUUGAUUCGGAAUCCAUUCUUUUGCCUGACCUAGUUCAGACGCUGAACUUUGCUCACAAACUUGAUCAUGAUUGGCUCCUUUUUGCUUCAUCACGUAAUGUUUCCUAUUUUCAAUUACAUUUGAGAGAAUAUGGGGAGUUUUGGUUAAGAGAGGAGGGAACAAGGAUGAGAAAUCAGAAGGAGUUAUUAGAUUGGAGCCGUCAAUGGAAUUUUUCUGAAGGAAGAAUGCUUAUAGCGUGGAACAGUGUGGAGCUACCACUACAUCAUGGAGUACUUCCUCCUUUCUUGUAUGGAAGGGGGUUUCAUAACCACUGGCUCAUUAGUGAGGCCUUGUUCAGUGGAAUUAGGUUUGUGUUUGAUGCCAGUUGGGCCAUCUCAAUUCUUUCUUUGGAUGAUUCAGGGCAUCAGCCUAAUUGGUCAGUGGAACGUUCCAGUCUUGUGGAUAUUGAAAAUAGAAGUUGGGAACAUGCGGGAAAUUCCCAUCUUGCUGCACUGUAUGGAUUAUCAUCUUUUCGUGAAACUAAUUAUGGUGGUGUGAUGAAACUAUUGAAAUGUGAUGGUCAAUAUCUUUGGUUCAAUUCUACAAGCAACAGCGUUCAUCCAUAUAUGUACCAAAGAAUGAACCUAAAAAAGGGAGGCAUCUUCCAUUCUAAGAGGUUAAAGAAAACUAUGGCUUGCGUUGAUGGAAUUAAUUCAGUAAAGAAAGUAUUAGACUUCUCUUUCAAAGAUCAGUUGAUGCCCUCUAGAGUCUUGGAUUUUCCAUUUUCCUUAGAGUCGCUCCUAACAAUCAUUGCAGACAAGAAUAAAACAAUUGUGCUCACUGUUGCUGGAUAUAGUUACAAGGACAUGCUAAUGAGUUGGUCCUGCAGAUUGAGGAGCCUGUCUGUUACAAAUUUUUUGGUGUUUGCUCUUGAUUAUGAAACCUAUCAAUUUGCCAUCCUGCAGGGCCUGCCUGUGUUCAGUGAUCCAGAAUCAGCUCCAAGAAACAUUAGCUUUAAUGACUGCCACUUUGGAACAAAAUGCUUUCAGAGAGUUACCAAGGUGAAGUCCAGAAUGGUUGUAACAAUACUGAAGUUGGGAUAUAAUGUACUUUUAAGUGAUGUGGAUGUGUAUUGGUUUAGAAAUCCAUUGCCAUUGCUCUUCUCUUUUGGUCCCACCGUUCUUGCAGCUCAGUCUGAUGAAUACAAUGAAACAGGACCUAUAAACUUACCCAGGCGCUUGAACUCUGGCUUCUACUUUGUUCGUUCUGAUGGUCCUAGUGUUGCUGCUUUGGAGAAGGUGGUGAAACAUGCUGCUACUUCUGGCCUAUCUGAACAGCCAAGUUUCUAUGACGUAUUGUGUGGGGAAGAUGGAUCCAACCGUUUGGGUGACAAUAAAUGUGUGGAACCUGAAACCAAUUUAACCAUUCACUUCUUGGAUAGAAAGCUCUUUCCAAAUGGAGCAUACUUGGGUCUGUGGGGGAAAGAAAAUGUUACAGCAGCCUGCCAGAAGAAUGGUUGUCUCAUUCUUCAUAACAAUUGGAUUAGUGGGAGGACAAAGAAGCUGGAGCGUCAGGUGUCUUCAGGACUAUGGGAGUAUGAUACCAGUACAAGAAUGUGCCUUCAAAGCUUGCAUAGGACCAAAUUGACCGGUUAUUUUGACAUCUAGUUUGGGCGUUGACAUCUUUUCAUCAUGGAUAACUUUAGAUUUCUCAUGCAGGAGAACAAAUGAUGCUACUUAUGGCUGUCUUGUGCUUUGUUUUCAUCAAUCCUCUGUUGGACAACUAUUAAAUUACAAAAGCUAGCUGUAAUGUACAAAGGUUAUACGCGCAAUGGGCAAUGCAGGUUCAUAUUCAAAUACCUUAAAGGACAAAUUGAAGAGUGGCUCCAUCAUCUCCUGCCACCAGACUAUAAUGAAGCAUAUGCAUCAGACAGCUUUAUAUACCUCCACUACCGAGGAUGGGAUCAAUGGACCUGCUAAAAGCAAUGAAGAGGGGUCAGAUGCAAGUAUCACUUGGGAGUUAAGUAAAGGAGACAGAGAAGCACGUGUUUAUUCUGCAAAAGAAUUCUAUGUUUCAAAAGUUUCCAGGAAGAGGCGACAAAGAAAUCCAUCCUGUAGAGGUAUUAUGAUGAAGAAGCCUUUUGUACCUUCACCACCGCAGAUAGGAUCAUUGAAGGAAUCAGGAUGGGAACCAAGCUUAACUUCUGUACAAUAAAUUUCUCCAUGACUUUUGCCUCCUAGCCAACGCUUCAUCACUCCUUACUUGGUAUGUUAUCCCUGCAAGACUUCAGAAUUGCUUAUUUACUUAUGUUAGUUUCUUAAAAAGUUUGCAAGGCAAAUAAUAAUGGGAAACAAAUUGAAGACCUGAAUUUUCAGUUUGUUUAUCAAUCUAUUUUGUAUCAUGGUUUGAAAUAUUUCAACUUGAUAACAUUACCAUGGAACUUGUUAUUUCAAAACAAAUUUAUACAAAUCGA